AUGUCUGAAAGCAAAGAGGCAGCAGAGACUAGUCAACCUGUUGUCACCAUGGAUUCCUCAGAUAUCAUCAAAGUGACCGUGAAGACCCUCAAGCAGAAGGAGCAGUUUGAGGUUGCGCAGAGCAGCACCAUCCAGGAGUUUAAGGAAGAAGUUGCCAAACGUUUCAAAACACCUCCUGAUCUGCUGGUCCUGAUAUUUGCUGGGAAAGUCCUCAAGGAUCAAGACACUUUGAAUGAGCAUGGAGUUCACAGUGGGGUCAACAUCCACGUGGUCAUCAGGUCCCAAAAGAAACCACAGGACGGCCUGGCAGAUCAAGGAAGAGCAACCACUCUCAUGAGACCUCCCAGCCACAGUAAUUCCAACUUCAUCAACAACAAUGCAUUUUUGCUAGGAUUCCUCCUUGGGGUGACAGGUGUACAUCUCCUAGGCCUGGACUCAACAGACAUGUUGGACUUGGUGAGUAGCAUUCAAGAACAAGAUGUGUGCCUGAUAAGCGAGAGGGUGCAGCGUACCUUUGUGCAGAACAUCCUUGACAAUGGUGAUCUUGUCAGGGAUCUCAUCAUGUCCAACCCUCAGAUGCAACAGCUAGCUGAAGAAAAUCCAGAGAUCCGUCAGAUUCUCACCAACCCACAUACUAUCAGAGAAAUAUUAGAGGCCUCCAGCAGUCCCACCAUAAUGCAAGACAUGAUAAGGAACUGUGAUGUGGCCGUUAACAACCUUGAAAGCAUCCCUGGUGGGUACAGAGCUCUGGAGCAGCUGUACGGGGAAGUUGAGGAGCCUGUCUUGGACACUGUGCAGGCACAGCUGGGCAACAACCCGUUUGCUUCCUUGGACAGUAACCCGCCCCUGAGUGGAGCCAGGCUACCAGACCGUACCGAAAAUCGCAGGCCACUACCCAACCCUUGGGCUCCACGAUCCAACAGAGUCACUGAUAAUGCAGAUGACUAUGAUGACCAAUUUCCCAGCAGCACUGCAGGCAACAGUUUUACCUUGCUGAGUUUGGGUCCUGCAGCAGGUGCGGUGGUACCCAACUCGGGGGAGGUUCAGAGAAUGGUUCAGCAGCUGACAGGAAACCCAGAACUCAUGCACAACCUGGAGAGUGUGUUAACAAACCCCAACAGCCCAGCACAAACGCUGCUGAACAGCACUCAUAUAUCAAGCGAUGGAAAUUCUCCACCUCAAGAUCAAUGGGCACAGCAGCUGCCACCGGAGAUGGAGAGCGCUGAGAUUUCAUCCUUGCUGAGAAACCCCAGAGCACUGCAGGCAUUGCUACAGAUCCAGCUGGGUUUACAGACCCUCUCAACAGAAGUACCAGAUUUUAUGCUUAGUUUGGAGGACUCAUAUGUGGAGCUGGAUCUGGAAAGCAUGGAUGACUCAACAGAAAGCAGUGAGUCUGAGGAUGAUGAAAUUUUGGCAUCAGACGAGGAUGAAACAGAAGGUCAGAUGGAGAUGGACGAGGAGGUGCCACAGAGCAGAUUUAAGAGACAAAUGGAGCAACUCAGUGCCAUGGGCUUCCAGGACCAAAGUGCAAACUUGCAGGCACUGAUUGAUGCAGAAGGAGAUGUCAGUGCAGCAGUGGAGAUACUGGCAAGAGCACCAUCAUCAAACAGGAUACCAUAA